AUGGGCAACUCUCAAUCGAGCCCUGCCAAAGACGAGUCCCGCCGUGCCAACCGCCUCUCCAAGCCCUUAACCAAGAGAUUGAGUGUCCCGCCACCUCCACCAGAGCCAGAUCAUUCGGCCUUUGGUUCAGGUUUGAUAGGCUGGCAGAAUCCAUGGGUGGGUCACACCAUCAGCUCCCCCGUGGAGAAACGGGGCAGUUAUCCCAAGAAAGCGGACAUUCCACCCACGCUCUUCGAGACAGAAUCACCUGAGGAGAGCCCAACGGAAGAGCGUACUAUAAAUUACAAUCCCAUCAUCGAAAGACGCCGUUCCGCGCGCCCAAGGUUGACGACCGCGGGAUCUAGAAGAACGUCGUGCCAGUUGGAAACCAGCUCCCAACCCUCGCCUGUUUCUGAACAGGCACCCACCCGCGCCAGCUCAACACGAACUGCCUUGCAGCGACACAACAGUGCGGUGUAUGACAACACAGCCACAGCUUCAAAUACCCACUUCCUGGUCGGCAAUCAAAGAUUUUCAUUAACGCGCCGCCGUUCCCUCUUGACGCGCCCGGGUGUCGCCACAAGAAGGGCUUCGGCUAGUAUUCGGCGAGCUCCCUCGCCGAUAGGAGAGCCAGAGCACCAAAGCCAUGAUCUGGCCGCGUCUACUACUUUGCAGUGGCCGUUGCCUUUGACUCAGCGUGCCGCAUCGCCAGUGCGACCCACGAGCCCGACCGAUGCCCGAUAUACCCAGCUUGGAGCCCUGAAGCUGGGCUCCCUACGAGUGGUGAACGCGUCUCCAUGUCCAAGCGAUCGAACUACGUUAAGCACCAAUGCUCCAGUUACCGGGCUUGGGCUUGGGGACCUGGAAGUCGCGGCGCCCAGCAGAGCCGCCACGCUGGAGAUUCCAUCCCUGCCUGAUCUCAAGAAAGCAGACGAUCUCCCCGGUAGUCCAUUUUCGUUUGAGAAUUCUCCCACUAUUACUGUUGCGCCUAGGACGCAGUCGAUAUUCCCUACGCAUCCCGAAGAUGAGGGAAUCAUCCUGUUUGAUGACACGAGAGGUCAAUUGGAGAAGAGUGUUUCGAGCGCUGGUCUUGCUCGAAGCACCUCUCGGUCACUCAACAAGUCAGACAGUGGUUACAGCUCCGCUACGUCGGUUCACUCCAUGCAACGAAGCCGCACUCAAAGCUCGGCUGGCUCCCAAUCGUCAGUCUCGUGCGGUGCCGACAGCGUGAAAAACGUGUGGAUGUCUAGUGCCCCCGUGUUUGACCGAUUCGAUGCUGAGAUGCAGAGUCAUUCCAGCGCGCAAUCAAAGCCUGAGAAUUACUCUCGGCUACAUCUCACCGCCACCCGAUGGUAUGACGCGAGCAAUGACCCUGCUCCUCUAACCGCUUCAAGGUCCCGUCGCUCGACGCUGUGUGCACCGCGUUACACGGAAUACUCACCGCGUGAUUUCACCGAGUUCCGACCCAGUGGGGUUGAGCCUCCUUACCUCUCUCAGCCACAGCAAAAGCAGCAGGCCCUUACUCGGGGUCCUUUCUAUGGGGAUAGACUCUCUGUUUCUUUGGCUGAAGGUCCCCCGUCCUCUUCGAGCUCUUCGGCCACAUGGAAUUCACAUAGUUCCCAACAGACGAUGACCGGCUCUACCGAGCGGCUCCGAAGAUCGGCAUCCGAGUACUCCAUGCAUGAUGGGUUGAGCCAACAACAUUCCCGAACGAAGAGCCGAUCUGGCCGCAUUUGGACUAAGAAGCCUGGCGUCGAAGCCCCACCGUUACCCACUAUCCUGUCACCUGGGUACCUGCGGGAUGACCUUGAUCAUGACCUCGAACUUGAGGCUGUCAACUCUGAGCCUAUGCGAGGCCGGCCUCGGAGCCGGAGUCAAGACCCUCGACGUCGACGAUUGUCGAAACCGCGUCCCCUGGCGGAUACGUGCAUAUGA